AUGGCCAGCAGCCAGCCCAUACCCUCAGCCCCCGGGCACCCCCAGCCGCCCCCCGUGAACCCCAUGUGUGUCCUGUCCCGGUCCAGCCCCAGCUCGGGGGCCGAGAGCCUGCUCUCUCCGAUGGGAGCGGCGGUGGUGGUGGACAUGGGCUCGGGGACCUGCAAGGUGGGCUUCUCGGGCCAGGCCCGGCCGCUGUACACGGUGGACACGCUGGUGGGCUGGCAGCCGGGGCGGCCGGCGGUGGACACCCUGGUGGGAGAGGCCGCCCGGGCCCAGCCCGACGUGACCCUGGUACAGCCGGUGAGACAUGGCAUCGUGGUGGAGUGGGAGGCAGCGGAGCUUCUGUGGAGGCACCUGCUGGAGCAUGACCUUCGGGUGGGGUCUGGCGCCCACCCUCUGCUGUUCUCCGACCCCCCGUUCAGCCCGGCCACCAACCGCGAGCAGCUGGUGGAAGUGGUCUUCGAGGGGCUGGGCGCCCCCGCUAUGUUCGUGGCCUCCCAGGCCGUGCUGUCGGUCUAUGCCCACGGCCGGGUCAGUGGGCUGGUGGUGGACGUCGGGCACGGGGUGACGUCCACCUGCCCCGUGGUGCAGGGCACCGGCCUGCCCCGCUGCACCGAGCGCCUGGACCUAGCGGGUGCGCACCUGACGGCCUACCUGGCGGAGGUGCUGCAGGGCGCCGGGCUGUCGCUGGGCCACCACGACCUGACCACGGUGGAGGCCCUGAAACACAGCUUCUGCUACGUGGCCCCCCAGGCGCCCCGGGUCCGAGCCCCUCCCGAGGAGGCCCAGCCAAGGACCUUGAGACUCCCCGACGGCCGUAAGGUCACCCUGCAGGCCCGGGGGCUGUUCCAGUGCCCCGAGCUGCUGUUCGAACCCCCCGAGGUACCCGGGCUGAAGCCCGUUGGGGUGCCCGCCAUGGCCCAGCGCAGCCUUCAGGGGGUGCCCCCCAACGCCCGCCCCGAGGUGGCGAGGCACAUCCUGCUGUGUGGGGGAUCCUCUCUGUUCCCCGGCUUCGAGGGGCGUUUCAGGACCGAGCUGCUUCGCCGGCUGCCCCCCGGGACGCCCCCUGUCGAGGUGGUGGCCCAGCCCGCCAGGCACCUCUCCGUCUGGCUCGGGGGGUCCAUCCUGGCCUCGCUCAGGGCCUUCCAGACGUGCUGGGUUCUGCGGGCACAGUAUGAGGAACAGGGACCCCACAUCGUCUACAGCAAAUGCUACUGAGGCUGGAAGCAGAAACCCCCUCCCCACUCCUGCCUGGGGAUGAGGGGCUGAGCCUGAGUGGGUGGGUGUGGAGCAGGCUGGGGCAAUAAAAAGCUUUUCCAUCUCUUCACCCCA